CACUCGCCCACGCACAGAGAAAGAGUAGGAGACAUCGAAUCAGUGAGCAGCACAAAAGCGAAGCAAAUAUUUCAGAGAGAGAGAGAGAGGAUAAAGAAAGGUAACGAGACGACGGCGUUUUGGGGAGAUGCCGUUGAUCGGAGAUUGUACUGACGCCGGAGAAGGUGGCGGCGGGAAUGUGGUGGUAGUAGGGGUGAAGUUCGAUACACAGAGCAGGGAGUUCCUGACGUGGGCUCUAGUGAAGGUGGCUCGUCCUGGUGAUCGUGUCAUUGCGCUUCACGUUCUUGACUCCGCUUCUGAGAGUACAGCUUCGCUUCUUUCUCUUGUGAAGAGCUUUGAUGCUAUGCUCGGUGUUUAUGAAGGUUUCUGCAACUUAAAACAGGUCGAUUUGAAGUUAAAAGUAUGUAGAGGUACCUCAGUAAAGAAGAUUCUGGUGAGGGAAGCGAAAGCGAGCGAUGCAGCAACGAUAGUUGUGGGGACUUCGAGAACACGUCAUAGAAUCCGUUCAUCUACCUCAGUAGCAAAGUUCUGCGCAAGGAAGUUGCCCAAGCAAUUUUCAAUUUUUGCUGUUGAUAACGGUAAAAUCGUGUUCCAGAGGGAAGCGACUCUCAGGAAAAUUGAUUGUCCGCAAGAUACUUCGAACAAAACUCUCAUCAGCUUAGCUCGUGCGAAGAGCGUGAAAGCAUCAAAAUCUGCAGGGGAGGUGAACUUGGGAAGUACGGAUUGCUCUAAGAUAACCAGCUUGGAGUGUGGGGCGAAGAAGAACUGUGGUGCCCGUACUCAAUCCUCAGUAUUGCAAGAUACUUUCAACAAUGAGUUAUGGAAAGAAUUAAAUGAAGAGUAUGUGGACAAUUCAUUAGCUUUGGUGCCAGUUGAAACGAGGGAGGUUGAUUUGGAUUCAAGUUCCAUUGUGGUAAUGCAGUUGCCCACGUCAAAAUCUCGUUGGCCUUUUAUUCGCAGGGUAUUUCUCCCUAAGCCACGAAAGUGGGAGAAAUCAUCUGCAAAGAAAAUGUCUGUGGUUCAGUGGGGUAUUAAAAAGGAGACAAAUGCAUUUGGCUGGCCAGAGAGAUAUAAGGUGGCGAUUGGUGUAGCUGAGGCGCUGGACUACCUACACAAUGGUUGUGGUCAGUCUGUGAUCCACAGGGAUGUGAAGUCUUCAAACAUUCUUCUGUCAGAUGAUUUUGAGCCACAGCUCUCAGAUUUUGGACUUGCUAGUUGGGCCUCACAUUCUUCCUCUUCUAUUACUUGCAAUGACGUUGCAGGAACAUUUGGGUAUUUGGCUCCCGAGUAUUUUAUGCAUGGCAAAGUCAGUGACAAAAUUGAUGUUUAUGCUUUUGGUGUUGUGCUUCUUGAGCUUCUCUCUGGUAGAAAGCCAAUCAACAAUGAUAAUCCAAAAGGUCAGGAGAGCCUCGUCAUGUGGGCAAAGCCUCUCUUAAAGAAUGGAAAAGUUUCUCAGUUGCUAGAUCUGAGUUUAGGCAGUGGCUAUAACAAUGAACAGAUUGAGAGAAUGGUGUUGGCGGCAACACUUUGCAUCAGUCGCUCACCCAGACUUCGGCCUCAAAUUAACAUUGUUCUAAAGCUUUUACAGGGUGAUUUAGAAGUGACAAAGUGGGCAAGGCAGCAAGUUAGUGCAUCUGAUGAACUUGAUAACACGGAUGAGGAAGCCGUUCCAAGUAACAUUCAGUCCCAUCUCAAUCUUGCACUGCUAGAUUUAGAAGAUGAUUCACUUUCCAUCAGUAGUAGCCCCGAGCAAAGUAUCUCUAUAGAGGAUUACUUGCAAGGAAGAGGAGCCGCACAUCAAGCUUUGACUAAAGAUCAUCUUUGGCUGACCUCAGCUUUGACUAAAUAUCAACGUUUGCCGACCUCAGAAGCUAUCGGUGUUCACCUGUUUGGUAAAUAGUAUUAAUGCCUUUCAUUAUUUGAGUUGAGUGAGUCAAAUAGGUAAAUGGGUCUUGGAAGAGAGGUGGAUUUGCCCCCUCCUUGACUGGGUAAGUUAGUUGUGUUAUAGUCCAUUUUUCUCUAGGCUGUUUUUGUUAUAUCUAGUCCUUUUUCACUUUUUGGUUUUGAAAAAUCUCAAACGCAACAGAUAUCUAAUUGAGAAAAGUUGUUUAGGCCAGCUUAAAUCAUGUUGGCUUUUCAAAUACAAAAGAAAGUGAGUAUUAGUGAUGA